AUGUUAUUCUACACGGGGACUGGGUGCGGCGAAAUCCCUCUUUUGAGACGAGGGAAGGAAGCAGCUCCAUCAACUUCUUGGACGUGGACGUGGACGUGGAUUCGGCAAAUCGAUCAUGUCCGCAGCAGUAGUGGUAGUAGUUCACUCUGCCACCCGCUCCCAAACACCACUCUUCAGCUGGCUCCGCGGGCGUGUAUGUCCAGUACUGUAUGUAUUCCUGCAGCUUCUCCCUUCCCGUCCAUCUCCAUCUCCAUCCUCAGGCUGUGGCUCACCAUCCUAAAGUGUAACCAGUUUAGCUCGCAUUGGACGAAGCCAAGAAGCCCUGUCCGAGUGGGCUCGCCUCUCACUACUACUGCACGCAGCACGUCUGCCAUCUCACUACUACUGCGAACCACUCCACAGCGCCGACAUCUUCGACACACCGCAGUCGCCCUCGGUACUGCGCCCACGCUCGUUCACCACCCCAUUGAGCCCCAUUGCGGCACAUGCGGCUGCCGAGAGACGCUGAGCACACUACUUGCCCGGGAGCGAGCCAACGAGCGACGCGAGGCGAGGCGAGGCAACACUCUUGCUCUCUGCAUUCUGACAGCGGAUCGAGAGCAAAAGGAGGCCGCAUCGUGCCUGCCCUGGACACAGCGCGCAUUACCCCGGCGUCGACAUCAUCCUGCCGCCGUACCAGCGCAUAAGCGCCGCGACCGCGACCGCGAUCCACGCCUGAGCCUCAGUAUCUACACUAAUGACUACCGCAAUGGAGAAGACGUCGUAUAUCCGUGCAAAGGCUGUGGGGAGGUACGUAUGCGGAAGAAGGAAAAGCAUUUGAACUUGGUACGUCUGACUGAGCUGAGCCUUCAAAGUAUGGCUGACUUGGUGCUAGCCGGCAACCGCUGGCAUAUCGACUGCUUCCGAUGCAAUACCUGCGGAACACUUCUCGACUCCGACGCGAACCUAUUACUACUCGGCGAUGGCAGUCUCAUCUGUAAUAACUGCACCUACAGCUGCAGCGCAUGCGGGAACAAGAUCGAAGACCUUGCCAUCUUGACUGGCGACCAGGCAUUCUGCUCUGGUUGCUUUCGAUGUCGCAACUGCAAGAGAAAGAUCGAGAACCUCCGCUAUGCCCGCACAUCCCAGGGCAUAUUCUGUAUGAGCUGUCACGAGAGCUUGAUGGCCCGGAGGCGGAAGAAAGCGCGCACGCCCAAGCAGCCUCCGCCCAGUGGUACACCAGGCGCGGAAAAGGCGCUGCCGUCUCUUCCCCCGGGCGCUGCUGUGAAGAGCGCUUUUACGCCUGAAGGCGAGGCGCCGUCGGAGCAAUAUUCCGAAGGUCCGACACCGCAAGGGCAUAUGUCGCCAAACCAGCGACAGACGACAUCGCGAAAUGGAACAGCAUUGAACAACUUCAACCGCGACGCGUCACCGCUGUCCGAUGACCUUCGCCGAGGUGGGUUCACAUAUGGUCCUACACUGCCAGCGAGCACCUACGGCGAGAGCAGGCCUUCGAACGUAUCGAGCUCUGUCGACGACGAUGAUUCCGGCUACCUGCCGAUGGCCUUUGACCCGACGCCUGUCACAGCUGCACCCGUGCAGCAACAACAGCAGGCGCCGAUACCACGCAAGCAGCUUUCUCGAGCUGCAGAUCCCUCACCACCCGCGCAGAAAGAGAAUCAGCCUCCCAGAGAUUAUUUUGGCGUCAACGGGAAAUCGUCUGCGAAGCCGCCUUCUAGAGAUGCCUCGCGACAAGACGCACGGCUGGGAGCGGAGACCGCGUCUUCGAGAUCCGUCUCUACGGAGCGUGAACCGGAUCAAACUCGCUCCAGCAGCCAGUCGAAGCCGAGUCCACAUAUUUUGUAUCAAGAAAAGGGGAGAAGUAGGAAGCGUGAGACAUCUGGCAACAAUACGCCUGUGAUUGGCUCGAACACAGCAUCUCCCGUCGUCGCUCCUGAGCCACGCGAACGGAACUACAAGCCCACAACCCAUCAAUUGCCAACAGAUUCCCAAGCAUUAAACCAGAAUGACCAGGAUGCAUUCAAGCUGCAAGAUGUCCCCGACUCCAGGAGGGCGAAUUCACGAAAGAAUUCAAAGGCAGGCCUGAACUCGCCUCUUGUGGUCUCGCCUGUCGAUAAGACGCACAGGGAGGACCGUUCAAGCAAGCCAAUCUCGCCAGUCUCGGUGAGCUCGCAGAACUCCGGAAUCAACCCAUUCGAUGAUCCACGCAGAAAAGAGACACCUAUUCCUGGGGUGACGCCCGUGCAGCCCAUUCCGCCAAAGCAUGCCGACAGGGGUCUGCCACUGCGAGGAGACUCCCUGGCUGCAGCAGCACUCAAAUCAAAGCAGUCAACACCGGAUCUAUCUCCUCCCACCACAACGUUUACAUCGACGCAAGUGCAGUCAGCGCAUGAGCGUAAUCGAUCUGUAUCGUCUGUGCCCUCUUCAUUUGCGGACGCGCGAAGCACUCUCUCCCGAGAUAACAGCCUUUCGAAAGCAGAGCGACGUUCUCAGGCUCCUCCACGGACGAGCUUCGAUGCGCCCCCACCACGUGCAGCCUCACGACCAAGCGCACCCAGCAAAUCGGUUGCGAACGACGACUUCAUCGCUCCGAGACAUGCGCCGCCACCGCCACCGCCAGUUACGGAAAGGCAUAGACACAACGAGUCCAUCAGUACCUUGCAGAGUGAAGAUAGGCCGUCAAUGGACGGGCUUCACUCGCCAGCUUUACGGAGCGCUGGGCUGCCGAAAUAUAGCUUAGAUGGUGGCUUUUCCAUGGAAGACGAAAUGGGUCGAAUUCUUCGCGGAGAACUUGGUCAGCCGGACGGUAGAGCUCCAGGUUCCUCGUCGCCAUCUGUUCUGCGGAAGGUGUCGAAUGCUGUCAAGCAUGGCAGGAGUUUCAGCGAUCGCGCCGUGACGCAAGGUGCGAGAUCGCCGAGGAAUGGACCUAUGGAGGUUGGCACACCCACCAUCACCAGCCCAAAUCUGAACAUUACCUCACCGACUGGACUCGAUGGCCUGGACUCUUUACGAGCAUCAUUGCGACGCGCGCAAAACCACAUCGCCGAAUUGGAAGCCGAGAAGUUGGCUCUGCAGGAGAAGCUCGAUGCACCAGAAAUCAAGAGCGUCAACAACGAGCUGCGAGAGAAGCGCUCUACCAUGGCAUUCCUCGACACUCAGCGUGAAAUGGUGGUUCGGGAGCUUGAGGUAAUGACCGAGCAUCUGGCCAAAGCCAAGGACAACACCCAGCCACUGGAUCUCGGCUCACUCAAGACGAAUAUCUUGCGAGACUUUGCGACAUCACUUCAGCAGCUGAAGGACAGUAUGGGAGCACAGAUCGAAGAUUUGAUGCAUAGGCGGAACGAGUUGACAGAUGAGAUCGGAAACCUCAUUCAGAUGAAAGACAAGGGUUUCCAGGAAUAUGAGUCGCUUUCAUCCAAGAACACACAGCUGGCGCAGCAUAACAACGAACUCAUCCGAAGCAUACAAGGCAUGUACCAGGAAUACCGCGCACCGAAUGGAACACCAACUGGCGCCAACGGACUUGGUAUUUCUGGCGCAGCUCUCAAAGCGGAUGCCACUUCAUCUGAAGUGCGGAACCUCAACCCUGUCAUAACGGAUCCGUCAAUGCCGAACCUGUUACAAGACCCUGAAGCAGAAUCUGCGACGGUACUCACUGCGCCACAAGUUGUGAACAUUCGCAAGGGUGGUCAAGCGAAAAAGUUCAACUGGCGGCGAGGGGGUGAAAAGGUCGCCGGCAAGGUCACAAAGGGCAUCAAGGGCGCAUUUGUGGGAGUUGAGCACAAGCCUCAAGGCUCAGGCCAGUAUGCAAUCGGUAUGCCUUACAGUUCAACACAAGCAGUCGCAGGCAGCGAGCAGAGCAGCAUUGCCAGCAAAGUCACUCUUGGUGACGACAGCAAGGGCUACGGAUUCUUCAAUCAGAAGAAUGGAGGAAUCAAAGGCGGUCUCGGACAUCUCAAGAAUAACAGCAGCACCAAUCUUGUCAUGGAUCCAUCUGGUAAGUAUCUUACGCAAGUUGAUAUCAUGAGCCAACUGACAAAAAGCAGUACUCUUUGGAUCCGAACUCUCUGCCCGAUGCGACUACGAGCGCCAAAUGGUCCCUGGCAUGUCGAAAUACGUGGCAUGGACGUUGAGGGCAUUUAUCGCAAAUCAGGCGGUGCUGGUCAGGUGAAGAACGUGCAGCAAGGCUUUGAAAAGAACAACAACUUCGAUAUUUCUGACGAGGACCUGGACAUUCACGCCGUCACUAGCGCUCUCAAACAGUACUUCAGGAAGUUACCGACACCACUGAUCACCUAUGAUGUAUACGAAGCACUGCUUGAGGCUGGACAGUUCUCCGACCGAGAAAAGCAAGCCACAGCAUUGAAGGCGGCAGUGGAGAGCUUACCAGAUGCUCAUCGAGAUACCUUGUCCUAUCUAAUGGUGCAUCUUGCAAAGGUCAUGGGACAUGAGAGCAAGAACUUGAUGACGCCUCUCAAUCUUGCUGUGGUUUUCGCGCCGACCAUUAUGCGACCUCUGAGCAUCGAGCGCGAGAUGAGUGAUAUGCAAGUGCAGCGUACCGCUGUACAAGCCAUGCUGGAACAUCAUAAGACUACGGACGAGUACGCGCAUCUCUGCACUCCUCUACAAUACGAUCCGCCAUCUUUGCGCCUGAAAUAGGGAACUGGCCUUCGAAGACGACUCAGCAAAAUAUCUCGUGGUUCAGCUUCACCCGAUGUGGCUUACCGUGGGAAGUAUCAGCCUUCUCAGCAUUUGCAUGACCGAGUUACUUUGCCUUGUGGCUUGGAUGGGACGUUUCUUGGACAGCCUAGGAGUAAGAGAGGGAAGCAGGCAUACCGAGGGCAUGGAUGUCUUUGGACAAUGAUUUUCUGCGGCUCCUGUCGAAAUCCCCAGACUGAGGAAGAAGACUUGUUGCUUUUGUGAUGAUGUUAUUUAGCGUUUGGCUGGCGAUGUCUUUUUUUCUGCUCUGCCUUCCCCCCCCUGAUUCUUGGAGAGGUGUGUUUUAGAAAUACCCACAUCUCCUCGUCGUGACCGAUCUUUCUCGAUUGGAUAAAUUGUCGAUGAAAUAGAAGGCGAGCGAAUUGCAUAUGAGCUUUC